UUCAGAAAUUCUCUCAUACAGAGCUACUCACGCUCUCUGUCUCUCUGGAAGAAAGAAAAACAUUUUCAUUUUUUCUGUGUAGUAGAUAGGAAAAAAAAAAAUAAAAGAAAGAAAGAAAGAAAGAAAGAAAAAAAAAACCCUAUUUUCUCUCUCUAAUCAUGGACCCACCACCACCACCUCUGCCUCAACCACCAUUUUUUCAACUUCCCCCAGCUACUAUAACCGCGGCCGCCGUUCCCUCCGCCGCAUCGACCCAAAUCAUACCUCCAUCUCCUCCAGUUACGGCGGAAGCAGCAGCAGCUCACAACCACGUAGCACAUGCAGCUAACGCUACAGCUCCUACCGUUGCCCAAUCUUUCAACCACCCACCCUAUACCGAUAUGAUCUACGCAGCGAUAACGGCGUUAAAAGAAAGAGACGGGUCAAGCAAAAGAGCAAUAGCUAAAUACAUAGAGAGAGUGUAUCCAGGACUACCACCGACUCACUCGGCUUUGUUGACUCAUCACCUGAAACGCUUAAAGAACACCGGUCUUCUCGUUAUGGUGAAAAAAUCCUACAAACUCCCUAGAUCUGAUGAUACCGUCGCCACCAACAACAUUAACAGCAGCACCAGCAACAACAUCAACGCCGUCGGUCAUUCUGCGCUUCCUCCUAAUCCCGCCGUCACAAAUUCUGGGCCGAAAAGGGGCCGCGGUAGGCCUCCUAAGCCCAAACCUGAAGUUGUUCCAUCUUCUAUACAGCCCAUUUCUCAGCCCAAUGCUGCUUCUGUUAUGGUACCUGUCGGUCUUUCUAUUUCCACUCAGCCCAUUAAUUCUGCUCCUGCUGCUACUGUAAUUCAGCCUCCUAAUGUUGGUCAGCCCCAGAUGGGGGUUAAGAGGGGGCGAGGGCGUCCCAAGAAGGUAGCCGGAGGUGGUGCUGCAGCGGCGGUACUGGGUGGAAAAAGAAGAGGGAGGCCACCGAAGAGUGCAGGAAGGCCCAAGAAGCUAAAGUCAGUGGGUGCAAAUGGAGUCAAGAAAGGUCCUAAACGUUUGCCUAAAUCAGUUGUUGUUCCCUAUGCUACUGGUGCUGCUGCUGCUGUUACAGCUAGACCCAGAGGCCGUCCUAAAAAGGGUGCAGCUCCUGCCGCUGCUCCUGGUGUUGGUGGUGUUGUCGGUAUCGGUGGUGCUGUGGUGGUUCCAGGAAAGCGAGCGGGCCGGCCACCCAAAGUCGUUGGCGGUGUUGUUGUGAACCCUAAGAAAAGGCCUGUUGGGAGGCCUAAGAAGAAUGAUAAUGUUUCAUGGGCGGCAGCUCAAGCCUCGCAGCUGCAGUCGGAAGCAUAUGGAGAUCUUAAGAUGAAGUUUGAGUUUUUUCAAUCAAAAGUAAGGCAAGCUGUUGGGGUGCUAAGGCCUCAGUUAACCAAUGAAACCCCAAUCAGUGUAGUAGCUGCAAUUCAAGAGUUAGAAGGCCUUGCAUCAAUGGACAUUAACGCACCAUUGAGAGAGGAAGCUCAACCACCACCACCACCACCACCCCCACCGCCACCGCCACCAUCACAACCUCAACUGCAACUGCAACCGCCAAUUAUCCAGAGUUAGGAAAAAUGAACGAGGAUCAGCAAUCUAAAUGCGAUGUUAACGGGCUUCAUUGUCAGGAUCAAAGAAUUGUAAGAUGUACUCUAACCAUGAUAGAUGAGGGAAAUUUAGAAAGUCUGUAAAGAGAAUCAAGGAUGACUAAUUGUUAUUGUUGUUGAUGUGAAGAAGAGGAUGUAGUUUAAUAUUUGAUCAAUUUGUGGAUGACCAUGGAUUAUGUUUCUGUCUGUACUGAAUUCAAAGUUUCAGUAGAUUUUUCGCGGACAAUUUAAUCACAAUUUGAAUUGCUUGAACACGAGCAGCAA